AUGCGUGAAGGACUCAAACUUGGACUGGCAGAAGGCUUUUCAGAUGGGCUUGAGCUGGGAAUCUCACUUGGGUCUGCCGAUGGUGAUGGUGUGGGUCUUCCUGUAGGACUAGUGCUGGGGCUUGUACUUGGAACAACACUUGGUAACAAUGAGGGAGGAAAUGAUGGGGAGGCCGAAGGGCUAGUUGUGGUUGGCCCAACUGUAGGAACUUGUGAAGGCUGCUCUGAUGGAUUUAUUGAAGGACUUGAGGAGGGAGCUGGUGUGGGAGGCUGUGAUGGGAUCUCUGAUGGUCUUUCUGAUGGGGUUGAGCUGGGAAUAUCGCUUGGGUCUGCAGAUGGAGACAAUGUGGGCCCUCCAGUAGGAUCGGUGCUAGGGCUUGCGCUUGGAAAAACACUUGGCAGCAAUGAGGGAGAAAAAGAUGGGGAUGCCGAAGGGAUGUUAGUCGUUGGUCCACUUGUGGGACUUUUGCUGGGGUUUGCACUUGGAAGGACACUCGGUAACAAAGAAGGAGAAACAGAGGGCGAUGCUGAUGGGCUGAGGGUUGUUGGCCCAGUUGUGGGAAUUUGUGAAGGCUGCUCAGAUGGUUCUAUUGAAGGGCUUGAUGAGGGAGUUUUCGUGGGAUCGUGUGAUGGGAUCUCUGAGGGACGUUGA